AUGACAGCUGUGGGGCCUGAUAUUAACAUCGACGGAAAAGGUCCGGCUGUGAUCUUGGCUCUCAAUGCUGUCUCAAUCACCAUUGUUAUCGCAAGAUGCAUGACGCAAAGAUUCAUCAUCCGUCAACUGGGACUUAGUGAUGCUUUGGUCGUUGUAUCGAUGUGUACCAUUUCUUCCAUGGCAGCUUUGAUCGCAGUACAAUAUCACUAUGGCUGGGGACGACAUUACGCAUAUCUCGAUCCAUUCCAUAGGAUUGAGGCAAUGAAAUAUAGCGCAAUUGGACAAUCUUCUGGUGUCAUGGGCUCAACUUUUGGUCUCAUGUCCUUCAUUAUCCUCAUGCUACAACUAUUUGGAACUUCUAAAUUAAAGCACGCAGCUCUAUGGACAUUAUUUUGGGUAGAAUUUAUUCCAAAUUGUAUUGUUGUCAUCACAUUGUACGUUCAAUGUAAUGAUAUUCAAGCUCUGUGGGACACAUCGAAUGUAUCUUCAUGCUGGCCUGAGUCUUACCAAACUUAUAUUGGCUACGCACACACAAGUUGGAAUGGCCACACAGAUUUUCUUCUGACUUGUCUACCGGCAACAAUGUUGUGGAGUUUACAAAUGAAUCGUCGUACGAAAUUUGGUUUGGUUUUCUUGUUAAGCCUUAGUUUACUCGCCUUCGUGGGAGUCAUCAUGAAAAUUGUGUACAUUAGAGUACUUGCCGACCGAGGAGAUUAUGCUUAUAACAUAGUUCCAUUCUUCGUCAGGGGGGAGAAGGAAAGAGUUUUGGAACCGUGGGUGGUGAAGAAGGAAGUUGGUUAUAGUGUGAGGGUUGAGGAGACGGCGGAGAAGGAUAUGGAAAAGGUAAAACCGAAGAGGGAAAGAGGGAGAAAUCAUACUUUUAUGGUGCCGAAGAGAGCGAGUAAAGGGAGUAUGAGUAUUCUGAGUCAUGUUUCUAUGGUGUGA